CUCUUCGUUCGCCAGCAACAGAAGAACACACUGAUUCAAGUAGAACGAUACGAGUCAGUUGAUAAUCUAAGUUCAGUGCGAUUCAAAUCAUUGGACGGGUGUGAAGGAAAUUCAAAUGGAAAUUUAUAAUUCCAGUCAGUGAAAUAUUAUACUUAAACGGUCGAGACCAUACAUCAUAAAUAACAGUCAAGUGUUUCGCGUCGUACAGUCAGUACAGUGCACGAAUUUCAUUUUUGUUUAAAGCGAUAAGUGCAAUCAAUCUGCAAACGUUUAUCGAAUUAACAAACGUAUUUUACCAGUGUGCGAAUAAACUCGAAUUCUUAAGGCACACACCUCUUUGAAAAAUGGAGGGUGAAUCAACAAAAAAUACAAAAAUUUCGGACUCAGCUUACUCAAACAGUUGCAGUAACAGUCAAUCACAGCUCAGCGGAAGCUCGAAAUCACGUCAUUAUGGGAGUAACAGCAGCGGCAGUAGUGGUUAUGGAGGCAAAACGACGCAAGCAAACAACGAUGCUGACCAACAUUCCGGUCUACAUGCGUUAACCAAAGGACGAAAAAAGAAACGAUCCAAACGACAAACUACGCAUCAAACUACGCUAUCCGAACCACUAACUGAAAAUGCCAGCGAUAAUGCGGUCACAUCAAUCGGUGAUACAAAAGGUGAAUCAGAAGUUAUUGUAACCUACGACAGUAAUUCAGAAAAUCACCUAAUGAAACGUGACCAUUCUGGCGAUGGUCUAUGUAAUACAUACGAUAGCUUUCCCAAUUGUUUGCCGGUACCUUCACCAUUGGCCGCAGAUCACGCAGCAUCAUUGGGACCAAGCGUUGGAAGUUUGGAAUCCAUACAAUCGAAUCGGGAGAAGGAAAAACCGGAGAAACAUACGGCUUCAGUGAAUAAUGGAUUCUGUUGCAUAAUAUCGAUGCAUGAUGGAGUCAUUUUGUACACGACAAAUACGAUAACCGAUGCGUUAGGCUUCCCACGCGAUAUGUGGUUGGGCCGCUCGUUCAUCGACUUUGUGCAUCCGAAAGACCGAGCUACAUUUGCCAGCCAAAUUACGUCCGGUGUGGCGGUUCCAUUUUCGGAAUCGAAGAACGCGUACAGCAAAGACACCAGAAAUUCAUUGUUUGUUCUGUUGCGAAAAUAUCGAGGACUGAAGUCGUCCGGAUUUUUUGUCAAGCAGAAAUCUCUAUCAUAUGUCCCCUUCAAGUUGGUAUUGAGCUUUCGCGAGGCACCUGGUGAUCCACGCUCCGAUACGUCGAACGCAUUGACACCGAAAGGAACGAGUGUACUGUUGGUAAUGAGCGCUCAGCCUGUCGUUGGAGUGUAUAAAACUCCCGACGAAAUACUGAAUCAUAGAAGUCCGAAAUUCUCGACACGACAUACAUCCACUGGUAUACUAACAGCACUCGACGGUGAUUCCGUACCAGCUUUCGGUUAUUUGCCGCAAGACGUAAUCGGAAGAUCGAUAAUGGAUUUCUAUCAUCCAGCCGAUCUGCCACUGCUAAAAACGGUUUAUGGAGCUGUUAUGCGCAAGGGUGAAACGGGAGCCGCUUUCCGUAGUCAGCCGUACAGAUUUCUUAUACGAAAUGGUUGCUAUGUAACAUUGGAAACGGAGUGGACAAGCUUCGUCAAUCCGUGGUCCCGGAAAUUGGAAUUUGUGGUUGGACAUCACCGCGUACUUAAGGGACCUGAAUGUGUUGACAUAUUUGUGGAGCAUUUAACCAGAUUUUCGGAAGACACGAUUGCCAAGAGCAAAGUGCUGAAGGAAGAGAUCUUACAGAUUAUGACGGAAACAGUGUCUCGUCCGCUGGAUGCUGUUAAAGAACAAAUAUCGAAGAGAUGCAUUGCACUGGCAUCAUUUAUGGAAAAUUUGAUGGAUGAGGUUAACCGAUCCGAUCUGCAACUAGAUCUACCGCAAGAAUUGGAAGCAACUCCAUCGGAGCGAGACUCAGUGAUGAUGAUGGGAGAGAUCAGCCCUCAUCAUGAUUACUAUGACAGCAAAAGCUCGUCAGAAACGCCACCCAGUUACAAUCAGUUGAAUUACAAUGAAAAUUUGCAGAGGUUUUUCAACAGUCGACCGACUACCACUGGCUCAGACAAUGAAAUGAAAAUGGAGCCGAAUGUCAAUGAGGUUGGCGAACCGAUGACCGAACUAAGUCCGCUACAACGAAGUGGCGAUGGAAGUGGAGACAGUUGUUCGGGCGGGAACGGCAGUUCGGGAAGUAACAAUCAGAUGGAAGUAAUAACAAACAGCAGCAAUACGGAGACGGGACUAUCAUCGGACAGUUUCAACCCACCCACACUGACGGAAGCUUUACUGAUACGUCACAACGAUGACAUGGAAAAAUCAAUGAUCAAAAAGCACAAAGAUGCGAGAAAUGUCAAUCGGAAGCGCAGCGGUUCGGCGGCCUGGGAUAGCGAUACAAAUAAACACUCGAAACAUCAGCGAUUACCCGACUUGCAUCGAUCGAAGAUGGUGAAACCGCUUUUCGCCAAAGAAGUUCGACCGGAUGACGAACCUCAAAUGAAACAAUCAACCAAUCAGAAUCACGAAUUGUGGAGGUCAUUCAACUUGCAAUUGCCUGCGGUUAAUACGACGAAUCAGGCGCCAAUAAAUACUCUGGCACAAACCAGGGAAAUUUAUCCGGCCGUCUAUUUCAUGCCGACGCAAGUAAGUAGAGGUUCCGGAGAAAAUUCAACGCUUGGCAUCGCACCCUACUAUAUGACUGGACUCAUGUACGCCAACCAUUCCGUAUACAAUCAGCCAGUUUUCUGUCCUCCAGCAUACCAAAAGCCUCAAUUACAGCCGUUUACCUCAUCCUCUGUUGGAUUACCCGAAGAGUUAGUGAUCAAUACGACUGCCUCGAACACGAUGAAAACGAGUACCAACGCAUCCGGUUCGGAUUCGGAGGGAUCCAGCUUCUCCAGCUUCUGUUCGUCAUUCGUCAAAACGACUAUAUCGGACAACAGUUCAUUGGAGAGUAAAAAAAAUUUGGAGGACCUGGUCACAGACGAUUCUACGAACGAACAACGCCGAAUGAUGUUUGCUAAACGACCGACCCAGAUGCUAGCGAUGACUUACUCGAACGAAGUGAAAUUUUUAUACCAAGUGGACGAUGAGGACGACACCCAAUUGCUGAACGAAGAUAUGCAAUUCUUAACCGGUGUUGAACAGUCGGAUAUGGUAAAUGCACAAUUAUCACAACUUUAUGAAGAGCUCGAUCAGCAAGGGCUGACGAAACUCUCUCUCAGCGAUGACGAAAGAAUCGAUUUCUUUGGCGAAGGCAAUGACGGCAUGCCUUUUAGUACGAUGACUAUGAUAUACGAAGAAAAUGCAACAUUUCCGGUACCAGUUGAGUAAACAUUUAGCUAUUGAUUUUUUGUCGAUUUUACAAUAAAAACUGUGCAUUUCACUUCCAAACCAACUAGAAGCUGGAUUGUACGUAUACCACUGACGUUAUCAUGUAGUUAUAUUUAUGUGUCGAAUUUUUUGAUAAAUCUUGUUGAGGAAGAUUAUCGGAAUUUGUCGGAAUUUUAAUUUUACUUUAAUUUGUUGUUCGUUCACCGUUCUCAUUUACAGCGAAAAAUGGACGAAAUGUCCAUCAACAAUCGUAUUUUGGUCUUUGAUUUUUAUUGUCUUCAUUGAAUAAUAACAUUCUACAUCUUAAGGCAUAUUCAUUUCCCUUCUCUCACGAUGUGAUCAGGACGCUUCAACAUUUCAACUUCUCAUAUUUCAUCGUAGAUGCUUCCAAACCCCCAUAAGACCCUAUUUGCCC